CGCGGAGGCGCGGCGGCGGCAGUGUCGGCGGACGCGCGCGGAGGUCGGUCGGUCGGUCGUGCGGACUGCGAGGCGCGGCGCUGCGGCGAGAGAGGAGCGCGCGAGCAGGCUCCCGCGAGCUCCGGUGGCGCCGUCUCCCCUGGCCGCGCGGACGGGCCGCUGCGUCCUGCGCCGCCUCGACCUCCGCUGGGCCGCUUCCCGCCCGCUGCCUCCUGCCCGCCGCGGCCCCAGAGAUGCACUUCGCCGUCUCCUCAGACAUGAGCCAGAUUAUGAUGCAUCAUUCUCACAGAAGAAAUUCGUGUCUAUAGCUUUUAAGGACUGAUUACAUCAUUUCCAAGCCUGAUAGUUUUGGAGUCACCUUUAGAGCUUGACACAUCUGCCGUCACUUCAGCCACCUGUCUUCGCCUGAACCGUGACACAGUGCUGGGCAUUGACACUCCUUUGUUUUUGGAUUGUUUGCAGAAAUACGGUUCUCAUCACUGGAGCAGCUAAAUUUAUAAGGAAAAAAUGAUUCCCAAUGGAUAUUUGAUGUUUGAAGAUGAAAAUUUUAUCGAGUCUUCUGUUGCCAAAUUGAAUGCCCUGAGGAAAAGUGGACAGUUCUGUGAUGUUCGACUUCAGGUCUGUGGCCAUGAGAUGUUAGCACACAGAGCAGUGCUGGCUUGCUGCAGCCCCUAUUUAUUUGAAAUCUUUAAUAGUGACAGUGAUCCUCAUGGAGUUUCUCAUGUUAAAUUUGAUGAUCUAAAUCCGGAAGCCGUUGAAGUCUUGUUAAACUAUGCCUACACUGCUCAGUUGAAAGCUGAUAAGGAAUUAGUAAAAGAUGUUUAUUCUGCAGCAAAAAAGCUGAAAAUGGAUCGAGUAAAGCAGGUUUGUGGUGAUUAUUUGCUGUCUAGAAUGGAUAUAACCAGCUGCAUCUCCUACCGAAAUUUUGCAAGUUGUAUGGGAGACUCCCGUUUGUUGAACAAGGUUGAUGCUUACAUUCAGGAGCAUUUGUUACAAAUUUCAGAAGAGGAGGAGUUUCUUAAACUUCCACGGCUAAAGUUGGAGGUGAUGCUGGAAGAUAAUGUUUGCUUGCCCAGCAAUGGCAAAUUAUAUACAAAGGUAAUCAACUGGGUGCAGCGUAGCAUCUGGGAGAAUGGAGACAGUCUGGAGGAGCUGAUGGAAGAGGUUCAAACCUUGUACUACUCAGCUGAUCACAAGCUGCUUGAUGGGAACCUUCUAGAUGGACAGGCUGAGGUGUUUGGCAGUGAUGAUGACCACAUUCAGUUUGUGCAGGUACACAUUGCACAGUCUGAGAAGAAGCCACCACGUGAGAAUGGCCACAAGCAAAUCAGUGGCAGCUCCACUGGAUGUCUGUCUGCUCCCAGUGCUGCCACGCAAAGCCCUAAGCAUGAGUGGAAAAUCGUUGCUUCGGAAAAGACUUCGAAUAACACUUACUUGUGCCUGGCUGUGCUGGAUGGUAUAUUCUGUGUUAUUUUCCUUCACGGGCGAAACAGCCCACAGAGCUCACCAACAAGUACUCCAAAGCUAACUAAGAGUUUAAGUUUUGAGAUGCAACCAGAUGAGCUAAUAGAAAAGCCUAUGUCUCCUAUGCAGUACGCACGAUCUGGUCUGGGGACAGCAGAGAUGAAUGGCAAACUCAUAGCUGCAGGUGGUUAUAACAGAGAGGAAUGUCUUCGGACCGUUGAAUGCUAUGAUCCACAUACAGAUCGUUGGUCCUUCCUUGCUCCCAUGAGAACACCACGAGCUCGAUUUCAGAUGGCUGUACUCACGGGCCAGCUCUACGUGGUGGGUGGGUCGAAUGGCCACUCCGAUGACCUGAGUUGUGGAGAGAUGUAUGACCCAAACAUAGAUGACUGGACUCCUGUUCCAGAGUUAAGAACUAACCGUUGCAAUGCAGGAGUGUGUGCUCUCGAUGGAAAGUUAUAUAUCAUUGGUGGCUCUGAUCCAUAUGGCCAAAAAGGACUGAAAAAUUGUGAUGUCUUUGACCCUGUAACAAAGUUGUGGACAAGCUGUGCUCCUCUUAACAUUCGUAGACACCAGUCUGCAGUCUGUGAGCUUGGAGGUUAUUUGUAUAUAAUCGGAGGUGCAGAGUCUUGGAAUUGUCUGAACACAGUAGAACGUUACAAUCCUGAAAAUAAUACCUGGACUUUAAUUGCACCCAUGAAUGUGGCGAGGCGGGGAGCUGGAGUAGCUGUUCUGGAGGGAAAACUGUUUGUCGGUGGUGGCUUUGAUGGUUCUCAUGCCAUCAGCUGUGUGGAGAUGUAUGAUCCGGCCAGAAACGAGUGGAAGAUGAUGGGAAACAUGACUUCACCAAGGAGCAACGCUGGGAUCGCAACUGUGGGAAACACCAUUUAUGCAGUGGGAGGGUUUGAUGGCAAUGAGUUUCUGAAUACGGUGGAAGUCUACAAUCUCGAGGCAAAUGAGUGGAGCCCCUAUACAAAGAUCUUCCAGUUUUAACAAACCCUCUGAAACUAACAGGCUUAGUGAUGUAAUUGUGUUCAGUAGAGGCACAUUUGUGAAUAAGGAGGGUGGGUGGGAACGGACGUUGCUGAAGGCAACACAGAGCUUUUGCAUAUUGCAUACUUUAGCCAUGCUGGACAUACUUUUCAUCGGAAAGGAGUGCAGAGAUGAAGAUCUGUUUCGUGUAUUUUUAAGAUUUCUUUGGUUGUUUUACUUACUGGAAGUUGAUACUGUAAAAAGAAUAAACCGAGAAUUGAUUGGGCA